GUUUGUUUAAAAGCUGCUGGAGGUGAUGAUCCGUUGACUGAAGUGUGUGGAGACUAUUUGUGUGGUUUAUACGUUAUCUGUUUGAACAACAUGAACAACCUGGACUUUUACGAUCACAUCAUUUUAGAUAACAGCUCAGACUCUGGAUCUGGAGACUUUGACUUUGACGAAUUCUGUGACCUUAAAGUCAGUAAUGACUUCCAGAAGAUCUUUCUUCCUAUUGUAUAUGGGAUUAUAUUUGUCCUGGGAAUCAUUGGCAAUGGACUUGUUGUGCUUGUGAUGGGCUUCCAAAAGAAGACAAAGAACAUGACAGACAAAUACAGGUUGCAUCUCUCCAUCGCCGACCUCCUGUUUGUCCUCAUGUUACCCUUUUGGGCUGUGGAUGCGGCUAGCGGAUGGCUUUUUGGGGAAUUCCUGUGCGUCACUGUCAAUAUGAUCUACACUCUGAACCUGUACAGCAGCGUGCUGAUUCUGGCUUUCAUCAGCCUGGAUAGGUACCUGGCAGUUGUCCGUGCCACAAACAGCCAGCAGUUUAGGAGGUUGCUCGCAGAAAAGGUGAUCUACCUUGGAGUUUGGCUCCCAGCGACCCUACUCACCAUCCCUGAUCUGGUGUUCGCCAAAGUCCACAAUACAGGCAUAAAUACGAUCUGCGAGCUCACCUACCCACAGCAAGCAAACAUAGUGUGGAAAGCCGUUUUCCGUUUCCAGCACAUCAUCGUUGGCUUUUUGCUGCCUGGUCUGAUCAUUCUGACCUGUUACUGCAUCAUCAUCUCAAAACUGUCCAAGAACUCCAAAGGUCAGGUCCUGAAGAGGAAGGCGCUGAAAACAACUGUCAUCCUCAUCCUCUGCUUUUUCAUCUGCUGGUUGCCUUACUGUGCCGGCAUCCUGGUGGACGCUCUGGUGAUGUUGAAUGUCAUAUCUCACAGCUGUUUCCUGGAGCAGGGUCUGGAGAAAUGGAUCUUCUUUACUGAGGCGCUUGCGUAUUUCCACUGCUGUCUCAACCCCAUCCUUUAUGCUUUCCUGGGAGUCAGAUUCAGUAAAUCUGCCCGUAAGGCUCUGAGCAUCAGCAGUAGAUCAAGUCACAAGAUGCUGACCAAGAAAAGAGGUCCUAUAUCAUCAGUAUCUACUGAGUCGGAGUCAUCUAGUGUCCUGUCCAGUUAAUGGACGCUUUGUACAUAAAACUUUCCUACGUGGAUGAUUAAGCUUUCAAUUUUUUUUUUUAAAGGACUUUACUACACUUUUUGUAUAUUGUAAACUUGUUGUGUUGAUGAACAUUUUUUAACACUUUUUAUUCAACUACUAUAAUAUAUAUAUAUUUUAAAUGUAUUUACGUUUUUCCUUUUUUUUUUUUUUUUUUUUUUUUUUUUUUUUUAGUACCUAAAGGCAGAGCCUUGACAAAGUCUGUUUACUUGCAGAAGUUAUCAGGAAAUGUUAGCAAACUGUUGCAUAGUCUUUUGUCUGAUUCUGAACGUGUAGUGUAAAUUAUUUGUACAUAGUUCAUUGUUUGUCAUUUGUUUUUUGUUUGUGUGUGUGUGCGUGCGCGCAUUUAGCGUUUCCUAUUUCCCCAUAAGUUUUUUUAUAUUUAUUGAAAUGGUAGCUCACACUGUAAAAAAAUAAGUGUAAAAAGGGGUUGUAAUUUAAUCAUGUCACAAUUGUCACAUUUUUACUUCCAUUUCAUAAUAAAACCUAAAAAUCACCAAUUUUAA